GUGGCCGAGGCGUCGCACUUGCAGGCGUUGCGGCGCGCGGUCGCUGCCAAGCUCGCAAGGGCGCCGAACCAUCACGAGCGCAACCAGAUUGACCUGGACACCAACACCGCGGCGACCAUGCUCGCGCUGGGCGACGGCAAGAAGGAUCAGGAGCACGCAGGGAAGAAUGCCGAGGAGAAGGACCAGGGGAAGCAGGCUGGGGAGGAGCGCCAGGCCAAGCAGGCUGAGGAUGAAGAGCGCCAGGCCAAGCAGGCUGAGGAGGAGCGCCUGGCCAAGCAGGCUGAGGAUGCAGAGCGCCAGGCCAAGCAGGAUGAGGAAGAGAAGACGCGAAAGGCCAAGCAGGCUGAGGCGGAGCGCCAGGCCAAGCAAGCCGAUGAGGAGCGCCAGGCCAAUCAAGCUGUGGAGGAGCGCAAGGCCAAGCAGGCUGAGGAGGAGCGCCAGGCCAAGCAGGCAGAGGAGGAGAAGCGCCAGGCCAAGCAGGCUGAGGAGGAGCGCCUGGCCAAGCAGGCUGAGGAGGAGCGCCAGGCCAAGCAGGCUGAGGAGGAGCGCCUGGCCAAGCAGGCUGAGGAGGAGCGCCAGGCCAAGCAGGCUGAGGAGGAGCGCCAGGCCAAGCGGGCUGAGGAGGAGCGCCUGGCCAAGCAGGCUGAGGAGGAGCGCCAGGCCAAGCAGGCUGAGGAGGAGCGCCAGGCCAAGCUGGCUGAGGAGGAGCGCCAGGCCAAGCAGGCUGAAGAGACGCGCUUAGCCAAGCAGGCUGAGGAGGAGGAGCGCCAGGCCAAGCAGGCCGAGGAUGAAGAGCGCCAGGCCAAGCAGGCUGAGGAGGAGCGCCUGUCCAAACAGGCUGAGGAGGAACGCCAGGCCAAGCAGGCUGAGGAGGGGCGCCAGGCCAAGCAGGAUGAGGAGAAGCGCCUGGCCAAGCAGGCUGAGGAGGACCGCCUGGCCAAGCAGGCUGAGGAGGAGACGCGCCAGGCCAAGCAGGCUGAGGAGGAGACGCGCCAGGCCAAGCAGGCUGAGGAUGAGCGCCAGGCCAAGCAGGCUGAGGGGGGGCGCCAGGCCAAGCAGGCCGAGGAGGAACACCAGGCCAAGCAGGCUGAAGAUACGCGCUUAGCCAAGCAGGCUGAGGAGGAUAACCAGGGCAAGCAGGCUGUUGAGGAGCGCCUGGCCAAGCAGGCUGCGGAGGAGGAGCGCCAGGCCAAGCAGGCUGAGGAGGAGCGCCAGGCCAAGCAAGCUGAUGAGGAUGAGAAUCAGGGCAAGCAGGCCGAGGGGAAGAGCGCCAGGCCAAUCAGGCAGGAGGAGCGCCAGGCCAAGCAAGCCGAGGAGGAGCGCCAGGCCAAGCAGGCUGAGGAGGGGGAGCGCCAGGUCAAGCAGGCUCAGGGGGAGCGAUUGGCCAAGCAGGCUGAGGACGAGAAGCGCGACGAUGGGGGUCGCCAGGCCAAGCAGGCUGAGGAGGCGCGCCAAGCCAAGCAAGCCGAGGAUGAGGAGACGCGCAAGGCCAAGCCGAUUGAGGUAGAACGUCAGGUCAAGCAGGCUGAAGAGGAGCGUCAGGCCAAGCAGGCUAAGGCGGAGCGCCUGGCCAAGCAGGCCGAGGAGGAGCGCCAGGCCAAGCAGGCCGAGGAGGAGCAGCGGCAGGCCAAGCAGGCUGAGGAGGAGCAGCGCCAGGCCAAGCAGGCUGAGGAGGAAGAGCGCCAGGCCAAGCAGGCUGAUGAGGAGCGCCAGGCCAAGCAGGCUGAGGAGGAGAAGCGCCAGGCCAAGCAGGCCGAGGAGGAGCGCCAGGCCAGGAAGGCUGAGGAGGACCGCCUGGCCAAGCAGGCCGAGGAGGAGACGCGCCAGGCCAAGCAGGCUGAGGAUGAGAAGCGCCUGGCCAAGCAGGCUGAGGAUGAGAAGCGCCCGGCAGAGCAGGCGCUGAAGAAGGCGGGCGAGGCCAAGGGCCAGAAGAUGCUCGGCUUCGGCAGCUGA